AUAAAAAACAAUGAAGAAGCAGAGAAAAGCCCUUCCAUGAUUAAUGAUCAAGAUAAUAUAGGAGAGAAGAAUACCAACACUGUUUCAUUUCUCAAGCUGUUCUCAUUUGCGGAUUCCACUGAUGUUCUCUUGAUGAUCAUUGGCACAAUAGGUGCCAUUGGGAAUGGGCUAGGUACGCCUAUAUUGACAAUACUCUUUGGGGAAAUGAUUAAUGCUGCGGGAAAUAAUCAGAAUAACAAAGACAUGGUUCGUGAAGUUUCGAAGGUUUGUGUAAAAAUUCUCUACGUGGCAGCAGGGAUAGGUGUUGCAGGAUUCCUCCAGGUGGCUUGCUGGAUGGUCACAGGGGAGCGACAGGCUGCACGAAUAAGGGGUUUGUAUUUGAAGACAAUUUUGAGACAAGAUGUUGCUUUCUUUGAUAUGGAAACAAACACUGGAGAGGUUGUUGGGAGAAUGUCAGGUGAUACUGUUCUCAUACAAGAUGCCAUGGGUGAGAAGGUUGGAAGAUUUCUGCAACUGGUAUCAACAUUCAUUGGGGGAUUUUCUGUAGCAAUUUUCAAAGGGUGGCUCCUUACCCUUGUCUUGCUAUCCUCAAUUCCUCUUCUUGUGGCAUCUGGUGGUCUUAUGUCCAUCAUCAUAUCCAAGACAGCAUCCCGUGGACAAAGUGCUUAUGCAAAUGCAGCAAAUGUAGUUGAACAAACAAUUGGCUCAAUAAGAAUGGUUGCAUCAUUUACUGGGGAGAAGCAAGCUAUAAAUAAUUACAAAAAGUACGUUAUAACUGCUUACAAAUCUGAUGUUUACGAAGGUUUGGUAUCAGGGUUAAGUUUGGCCAUUGUUACGUCAGUCAUGUACACCAGCUAUGGUUUGGCUAUAUGGUAUGGAUCAAAAUUGAUACUGAGGAAAAAGUACAAUGGGGGUGAUGUGCUGAACGUGGUCAUGGCUAUAAUAAUUGGAUCCAUGUCCCUAGGCGAGGCAUCUCCCUGCAUGAGUGCCUUUUUUGCUGGUAAAGCUGCGGCUUAUAAGAUGUUUGAGACUAUCAAGAGGAGGCCAGAGAUAGAUUCUUAUAACUCAAAGGGAAAAAUUUUGGAUGAUAUUCGUGGAGAUAUAGAGUUUAAAGACGUUUAUUUCAGUUAUCCAACUAGACCAGAUGAGCCAAUAUUACGUGGAUUCUCUCUUUAUAUUCCUAGUGGCACAACUACAGCUUUGGUUGGACAAAGUGGAAGUGGAAAAUCAACCGUGAUUAGUCUAAUUGAGAGAUUCUAUGACCCACAUGCUGGUGAAGUUCUCAUAGAUGGCAUUAACUUGAAAGACUUCCAGCUUAAAUGGAUUAGGGAAAAAAUUGGUCUUGUUAGCCAAGAACCUGUCUUGUUUUCAUCCAGCAUUAAGGAUAAUAUUGCAUAUGGAAAAGAUGAAGCAACGUAUGACGAGAUCAGAAUUGCAUCCGAACUCGCAAAUGCUUUUAAAUUUAUUGAUAAUUUGCCUCAGGGACUAGAUACCCUGGUUGGGGAGCACGGAACACAACUGUCUGGUGGUCAGAAGCAAAGAGUUGCCAUUGCAAGAGCAAUUUUGAAAGACCCAAGAAUCUUACUCCUCGAUGAAGCUACAAGUGCACUUGAUGCAAAGUCUGAGAGGGUAGUGCAGGAGGCAUUGGACAGGAUUAUGCUCAACCGGACAACCAUCAUUGUUGCCCACCGUUUGAUCACUGUGAGGAAUGCUGAUACAAUUGAAGUCAUUCACAUGGGAAAGACGGUUGAGAAAGGAUCACACUCAGAACUAAUUAAGGAUCCUAAUGGAGCAUACUCUCAGCUUAUACGCUUGCAAGAAGUAGACAAGGAGUCAGAACAACAUGCAGAUGAUCAAAACAGAUCAGAAACUUCUGCUGAAUCUUUUAGACAGUCACGUCUUAGACAUAGUCAAAGAAUGACAUUAGUACAAAGCUUUAGUCGUGCAUCAUCAGUCGUGCCAACAGAAGUUACCCUCCCUAAUGAACGACUGGCAGAAACAGAAGAAAACUAUCACAAGGUCUCAAUCAGCCGCAUUGCCUACCUCAACAAGCCAGAGAUUCCUGUACUUCUUCUUGGGACUAUAGCUGCAAUUAUCAACGGCAUAAUACUUCCCAUAUUUAGUAUACUGCUUACUAGGGUAAUCAAAUCAUUUUAUGAACCACCUCCUAAAUUGAAAAAGGAUUCAAACUUUUGGUCACUAAUGUUUGUGGCCCUUGGUAUGGUAUCAUUUCUGGCAAUUUCAGCAAGAGAAUACCUCUUUGCUGUAGCUGGGUGUAAGUUAAUAGCACGAAUUCGAUUGAUGUGUUUUGAGAAGCUGGUUCACAUGGAGAUUGGUUGGUUUGAUGCGCCUGUGCACUCGAGUGGCUCAGUUGGUGCUAGGCUCUCAGAAAAUGCAGCAACAAUGCGUGCCCUUGUUGGAGAUACUCUUCGUCUGACGGUUCAUGCUAUUACUUCAGCAGCUGCAGGUUUGGUCAUUUCAUUUCUUGCAAGUUGGCAGUUGACAUUUAUUAUCCUUGCAUUGACUCCUCUCAUCGGAGUCAAUGGAUACGUUCAAGUAAAGUUCUUGAAAGGAUUCAAUGCAGGUGCAAAGUUGAAGUAUGAGGAAGCAAGCCAAGUUGCUAAUGAUGCAGUUGGAAGUAUCAGAACAGUUGCUUCUUUCUGUGCUGAAGACAAGGUGAUGAAGCUGUACAGAAGCAAAUGUGAAGGCCCAACGAAGGCAGGGAUAAGGCAAGGCUUGAUCACUGGAAUUGGAUUUGGGACUUCUUUUGGCUUGUUGUUUGUUGUCUAUGCUACAACUUUCUAUAUAGGUGCUCGUCUCGUUCAGGCUAGGAAAGCAACAUUCUUAGAUGUUUUUCAAGUUUUCUUUGCUUUGACCAUAACAUCUAUAGGAAUUUUUCUUUCAAACAACAUAGGUCCUGAUACUGGCAAAGCCAAGAACGCUUCUGGUUCCAUAUUUGCAAUAGUGGACCGACAGUCAAAGAUAGACCCAAGUAAUGAGUUUGGGAUGACAUUGGAGAAUCUGAAGGGAGAAAUUGAGCUUCAUCAUGUAAGCUUCAAAUAUCCAUGUAGGCCAGAUAUUCAAAUUUUCCAAGAUCUUAGCUUGACAAUUCAUUCUGGGAAGACAAUUGCUCUGGUUGGAGAAAGUGGGAGUGGGAAAUCCACUGUGAUUGCAUUAUUGCAAAGGUUUUAUGAUCCUGAUUCUGGUCAUAUUACGCUAGAUGGAAUUGAAAUUAAGGAAUUUCAAGUGAAAUGGUUGAGGCAGCAGAUGGGUCUUGUGAUUCAAGAACCAAUUUUAUUUAAUGAAACUAUUCGUGCCAAUAUUGCAUAUGGAAGGGGAGGAAAUGCAACUGAGUCAGAAAUCAUAGCUGCAGCGGAGUUAGCCAAUGCUCAUACGUUUAUUAGUGGCUUACAACAGGGUUAUGAUACAGUAGUAGGAGAACGCGGAGUUCAAUUAUCUGGCGGACAGAAGCAACGGGUAGCCAUUGCACGUGCCAUGAUUAGAAGUCCAAAGAUAUUAUUAUUAGAUGAAGCCACUAGUGCACUAGAUGCUGAGUCUGAGAGGGUGGUCCAAGAUGCAUUGGAUCGUGUCAUGGUUAACCGAACUACAGUUGUUGUGGCACAUCGAUUAUCCACAAUCAGAAAUGCAGAUGUAAUCGCAGUGGUUAAAAAUGGAGUUAUUGCAGAGAAAGGAAAGCACGACAAUUUGAUUAGAAUCAAGGAUGGCUUUUACACCUCCUUGGUUGCGCUGCACACAAGUGCUUCAACUGCUUGA